AUGACUUCAAGCAGGGAGAUCCAUUUUGCCACCUUGGAUCACUUCGACUCAGUUCCUCGCGCUGUCUGCGAGCAAGAAAAGGUUGACUUUUCUGCUGAUGGCAAUGGCAAUUACGGCCUAGAUUACGGUGAACUUAACACCCCGGUAAAACCCAUCUUAUCUUUCGAUAUCAGGAAAACAAGCGGGAACAACUGUCCUCCCUUUCCUGACUUUUCUCCUAAGCAAAUCAUGACGCCGAAAUCAAAAUCUGUUUACAGAGAUUCGCUACGAUUAUCAACUCGUGGUGUUGAAGGUGAUACGGCUAGCAAUGGGCAUGAUUACUGGAAGCAAGGCGGCACUUUCACAAAAGACUGUAUGCAAUGGUCCUUGACGCCCUACUAG